AUGCUCAAUCCAACGGACAACGCCUCCGCAGCGGCACUUCCCUUUCCAGUGAGUUCUCGCCUUUCUGCUCCUUUUCAACUUUCAACCCCCCUCUCACUUUUCGCCUCCAAUUUUCCCGCCGUUUCAGGUCCCAUUUCAAAUGACCGACUCGCCACUCUCGAAACUUGUCGGCGUGGUCAACAAGUAUGAUAUCGAGAGCAAAUUGAAAUUGGAGCCGGCCAAGUCGGACAGUCUUCUUUUGCCGACCGACAUGAACGCCUACUCGCCGUACUUAUCAACGCCAAAUUGGUGAGUGCCGGAUAAGAAAUUGUUUAAUUGAGGGUAGUUUUGUGUAAGCCUAAAUUAUAGAUUCUCUAUGGGUGUCCUUCUAAUUAUAGUACGUUCGAACCCUCUCAUUUCUGGAUUCUUUUCUUUUCGCUCAUCAGAAUUCACUUUGUUUUCAGGUGGGUAGAUCAGACAAACUGGCACCAUUUGUACCCGUCAGUGACUGCGGCUUCUGCCGCCGACACCUAUCAGAAUUACUUCGCUUCCACUCCGCUCGGCGGACUCCUCUCUUCUUCCGUUUCCGCAGUCGCUGCCCAAUCCGCUGCGGCGGCCGUCACACAAUCAGCGCUCACAAAUGCAAUGGCCAAUCAGCAGAGGAAUCUUGCCAAGGUACGAAUUCGUCGAAAGCUGUGCACUUUUGCACGAAUCGGAGCAGAAAUAGUGUCGCUGUCGGCAAUUUGGUGACAUUUGCACGAGCGAAAAUAUCGGUGUACUUGGGGGAAAUGGGAAAUAUCAGAGAGUGAUUGUAGUACUAGUACUCUCAGCUGAUAAGUAGCUGCAUAAUGAUGGGUUGGGGAAGGUGCGAUGAGAUCAGUGAACUAUCGAAAAGCUCAAAGAUCGGACUGACGUACGCGGAAAAUAACUGUUUUGGCAUUUUAAAAAGUAAUACAUUUUACUUUCAGAAUUAUUCACAACGACGUCAUUUGGAAGCGGUCAAACCUUCGAGCAACUCAACCACUCCGGCCACAAUCUCAACGUCAGCCAGCGCCGCGGCGGGAAAAUAUCAAGCGGCCCGGACGACGAACAAGUGCGAGUGUCCGAACUGUCAAGAAGCCGAGAAGUUUGGUGAGUUCAGAAACCAUGAUUGCUUUGUAAUGCCGAAACGUGUCGAAGGGCAAUGAAUCUAAUCGAUUCGUCUUUCCGUCGUCGUCGUCGUCGCCGCCUCCGUCCGUUUUGUUCGUUUUCCUUACGAAAGCGUUCAAUUAAACACGCAAGAUUACUCUGCGGCUCUCUUUUCUUCGCACUCUCUCGCCUUUUUCGUCUUCUCAGAGGUGUCACUUUUGAGAGAAGACGUCUGGUCGUUUUUCGACGUUUUUGAGAAGAACGCAUUUUAUGCGUGGCGCGCUGGAGUCACGGAGCCGCCACAUUUUGAUGGAAGGCGUGCGAGGGGAAGCGCGUGAAUUGAUGGAAUUGAGAGGAUUUCGGUUGGAAGUGACUCGGAAUUUCGGGGAAAUAUUACGGCGGAUUCUGCUCGAAUCAUUCAAUCCUAAUUUGUUAUUGCCGCCGCUCUAAUAACUGUUUACUGAUAAUCCGCCGGACAUCUAAUUGCUCCAUUUCAUAAUAAUCUUCUCAGAAUCGUUCGCUUUCCCUCUCUAAUUUCAUUCUGUUUACCUACCUUCUCCCUACCCACCUGUUGGUCAGCUAAUCCGCUUUCCGUAUAUCCAACUACCGGGAGCUAAAUUAUCUAAUCAGAACGGCUCAUCGGAAGGGAAGGGAGCACUCCUGAUACAUUUAUAAUUGGCGUGAACGAGAAAGAUAGAUCGGCUCUUGGGAGCACGAAAAGAUGCCGACGGAUGAUAUGAAUCGGUCGAUGAAUACGCGCAAAGGGGAUAAGAUCUGGAAGGAAAUACGAUCGGGACGUGCGCGAAAAGGAAGUGACGUAUUUUUGGGGGGUCUGAGCUUUAGAACAGGAAGGGAAUACUAACCCAAUAACUUUUCGUUGCAGGACCCGAAUCAGUGGCAGCUCGGAAACGUGGAGUGCACAAUUGUCACAUUGCCGGAUGCGGAAAAGUCUACAACAAAAGCAGUCAUUUGAAGGCGCACUUGAGAUGGCAUUCGGGCGAACGGCAAGUGGUAAGGAAGCAGGUGUGAGCAAGACUUCCCGGGUGAUUCUCAGCGACCGAGAAACAGAAAACAUGUUUCUUUCCUCUUUUCCUCUGUGUUGUUCUUCGUCUUUCUCCUUCUUCUCUUUUCUUCAUAAAAAUUUUGCCAAUUUCCUUUUUUAAGUGUUCUGGAUUAUCCACGUUUUAGAUGCCGUAAGAUCUCUUGAAAAGGCAGAGCCGGUGAGUUCCGUGAUGUAUUCCGCUUUCGUGUCCAAAGUCCGUUUCUUUCUGAAAGUGCGCUCUUUCGUGCAACUGCCAAUUACCCCCCGUUAUCCCAUCCCAUUCCUUCAUACCGUGCCUAAUCCUUGUCCCAAAUAUUCUAUGCACAAUGUGCACUAUUGCGUCAUAGUGGAGAACCCGUCAAUUACAGUAACCCUACAAUUAUUGUGAUGAUUUCAGAAACGACGCUCAAAUGACAGUUGA